CAGAUCAAGCUAAAAGGGAGUUCGAGAACGUUGGUUUAGUUGAACUCGAAGCCUUAAACCAAGCCACCCCAAACCCGCCACCCGCUUUAUCAUUUCGCUUCUCCUCUCUUCUCUGCAGAAGCAGCUUUCUAAGCGCCCUUCCAUGGGCUCGACUUCUACCACCUCUCUCUAUUCUAAUCCCAAGUCCUCUCUCCGCUCCCAUCCUUUUCCAAACACCACUGCCUCCUUUUAUCAUUCUCACAAUGCGCCCCGUCCUAUUACGGUGCUGUUCAAUGGCAGGAAAAGGUGUUUCAGGUUUAGGCGUUUGGUUGUAGCGGUUGCCUCUGGGGCCGAGGGAGGCCCGAGACGGUCAACUACCGGCCGAAGAGUGUAUAGACAGUCUCAGAGUGAGAGCGCUUUGACUAGUGCUCCGGUCAAACAAAUUGCCUCAUUUGUUGUGCCUGCCGUCGUGUUUGUCGCUGGUACUUUUGUUCUAUGGAAAUUGGUGGAGAAAAUCCUUAUGCCUAAACCACAACGACCUUCAUCAGGAGAGAAUAAACCUCCUGCGGAAGCAGCAGAAGGAAUUAAAUGGUCUGUUGCUCCAGGAACGAAUUUGCUAUCAGGUUUCACUGCUAAGUUAUUCAGAGAAUCAAAGCAAACACUCAAUGAAUUUGCAAAAGAGCUCAGGUCAUUCAGAAGUGUUGACAUGUCAGGACGCAACUUUGGAGAUGAGGGACUAUUUUUUCUUGCAGAAAGCUUAGGGUACAAUCAGCUUAUACUGGAAAGCUGA